GGAACACAAACUCCAGGAGGUGAACAAAAGCCAUAUGGCUGAAAGGUUUGAUAAUUAAUUCCUAAAUGGGACAUGUGCUUGUUUGGCCUCCGUUGCCAUGGUGACAGGAGAAAGGUGAGCUGCGGGAGCGGGGAAGACCCCGGGAAAAGUGACGUCAGCACGCGGGACCCCCCUCUCCAGCCAUGCAGCACGAAGCUGUUUGUCUGGAGGGCGACGCAGAAGCAGCCUCCAGAAAUGGUGUCGUUCAGAAGAAAGGAGAGCUCCAAAGGCGGACAGAUGAGCGGCGCAGUCCCCGCAGGAGAAGCCCUCACGCCAGCUCAGCAGAGGCGGACAGGCCGCCUCAGGAAACAGAAACUCAGGACAUUCUUCAGUGACUCUGGAUUCGAGGAAGAUCUCCUACCAUCUCCAAACUCCUCUAAUUGUGGACUUGAAACCCACGAGUCUGGACAGCUUUCCAGCUGGUUCCUUCAGUAUGGAGACGUUGGCUUCAAAAUCCAGAGGGAGAAAGAAACGCAGCUUUUUCCUUGCAGCAGUUUGGCCCGUCAGCCACAACUGACUGCAGAGGCCAGGUGUAAGCUGGUCAGCUGGCUCAUUCCUGUCCACAAACAUUUCCGCCUGUCCUUUGAGUGCUGCUGCCUGUCGGUGAACAUCAUGGACAGGUUCCUGGCAUCCACUCCCAUUGCUGCAGACUGCUUCCAGCUCCUGGGCGUCACAGCGCUCCUGUUGGCCAGUAAACUGGUGGAGAUUGGCUCCCCGUCAGUCAACCACCUUCUGUCCUUGUGCUGUGAUGCUUUCACUGAAGAGCAGCUCUACAAUCUAGAACGCCUCAUCCUCCUGCGCCUCAACUUCAACCUCACUGCUCCCACUCUGGCCUUUUUCCUGGACUAUUUCACAAACUGCUUUGAGGCAAUCCAGCUAAAAAACAACUGUCCUGGCACGUUAAAGACCACACACAUCAGCAGCUUUGCACAAAAGGUGUGUGAGUUGACUCUGGCUGACUAUACUUUCAAUAAAUACCCUCCAUCUCUGACUGCUAGCUGUGCCAUGAGACUCACCUGUGAGUUUCUGAAAACAUAUUUUGCUGAGAACUCCUCCACGCAGACCUCAUGCAGAUUCACCGAUGAGGCCUGCACAGAUUCCCUUCAGCCGUUUGAGUACAUGGAACCUGACGACCGCGUGAUGACCCACAACCUAAUGGAAGAAUGUCAGGAGAAUAUGAAGCUGUUGGUGUCUUUAAACCGGAAUACAAUGGAUGGGAUGUUAACUGUGUGAACAGUUCUCUAUAAUAAAUGAAAAACAAAACUUCCUGUUAUGAUUACCUACCUAUAUGUUUACAGUAGUAAUUAUUAAAUUUUUUAAAAGUUUUGUUACUUUUUGUUACAUUAAACCUAUUUUAAAAUAGUGCAAUUUCCUGUAAACUUCUCUAUUUGUUGUACCUUUAUCAUGAAAUAAAUGAUCAGAAAAAUGAA